GGGCAGACAUACUUUUACUCACUACUCAGCCACCGAAAAACCGGGACAUGAGGUUCUGGCCAACAGACCCUCCGACGUUCAAGGAGACGAUAGAUAAAUACUCUCUGACUUUGAAGGAAGUAUCAGCUUCUCUACUGAGAUCAAUGUCUGAGAGCUUGGGACUUGAAUCUGAGUAUCUGAUCAACGUUUUUGAGGAUCAAACUCAAAUGAUCAGAUUCAACUACUAUCCACCAUGUCCCGAAGCUAACAGAGUUAUCGGCCUUUCUUCGCAUUCUGAUGCCACUGGUUUGACGUUUCUGCUGCAAGCAAAUAACGUUUCGGGCUUACAAGUAAAGAAGAACGGUAAAUGGCUCACCGUCGAACCAUUACAGGGAGCUUUUAUCGUUAAUGUUGGCGAUCUUGUUGAGAUAUUCACCAAUGGAAGAUACAAGAGCGUGGAGCACAGGGCAAUGGUAAACCCUGAGAACGCACGCGUCUCAAUAGCUGCGUUCAAUGCGCCAGCACGCGACAUAAUCGGG